AUGGCUCAACGCAGUAGCCGUGCUCCUCUCUACUUUGGCCUUGCUGCCGCUGGUGGUGUAGGUUAUUAUCUGUACAGCGCCGGAGGAAGUCCCAAGGUUGCCGAGAAGCAAUUUGAAACUGAUCUCUCCCGCGCCUCCGCAAAAGUAAAGUCCGAGAUACCUGGCCGAGCAACACAAGCUCAGAAGGAAGCCGAGAAAUGGGGUUCGGAGGCCGGUGCUAAGCUUGAUUCUGCCACCAACCAAGCCCGUGCCGAACUCGGCAAAGCCGAAGGAAAAUUCGACCAAUACAAGAAAGACGCCGACCAAUACCGCAAAGAAGCUGCCCAAACCACCAUGAAGAAGAUCGACGAGGUAGAUCGAAAAGUGGAAGCCGAGGCCGCCAAAGCCAAGAGUGGUAUCUCGAGCUGGUUUGGUGGGAAAUAA